UUGGAGAUAAAUGCCCGCCUUUCCUCACGAAACAUUUGCUGCAAUGCUGGUUCCGUCACUCGUUACUUUCACAUCAACAACUGUGGCAGAUCAUCCAAAUACAAUCACUUCAUCUUGAGUAGCGCUUAUACAAUGACUUCUCUUUACGGCAUUAGCAUUUCUGUGCUGUCCGAGAUCAUCGAAACUCAAAGGCAUGUUCUGGACAAGAGCGUGGCCUGGGCUGAGGAACACGAGAUCUCCGAAGCUCAAUUCCUCGCUGAGCGUAUUUACCCGAACAUGCUUGAUCUCAGAUUGCAAGUCCUCAUCCCUCUCGUCCUCUCUCGAAUCACGAUCCAGAAAUUGAGCGGCAAGGCGAUACCGGCAAUCACACCUGGGAGCCAAACGCUUGCAGAACUAUACGAGUUGAACGAGGAGACGCAACGAUAUUUGAAGGACGUGAAAAGGGAAGAAGUGGACGGAAAGGAAGAUGAGGAGGUGACAGUUGAGUUUUUUGGAGAGGAGCUGCGCACUUCUGCCAGAGAUCUGGUGCAGAAGUAUACCGUGCCAGUUUCCUACUUCCAUUUGAGUACGCUAUAUGCCAAGUUUAGAAGCAUGGGUGUGCCUUUGGGAAAGAAAGAUUAUACCUGUGUUACGAUGAAAGACUUCAAGUUGGUCAAUCCCUGAAAGCCGUCACCCGUAGCAUAGCUGCAGGAUGAAGAAUUCGGAUGCAUGGCGUCUCUUUCACCGAUCGAUAUCUCAAGUUCGCAUGCGGUAGCACUAUAAUGACUGCUGUGGUAGACUGUCUGAUUGGCAGGGUGCUUGAACCCGUGAAAUAAAAGACCAAUGCCAUCAAAGUAGUGAGAAGUUGAUCUUUCAAACUUAAUCAGCAAUCUAUUUUGGUCAUUUUGUAGACUGCAAAACAGAAGCGUUGAUCGAAGCCGUUCCUUUUUCGUAGAACGCAGCGCGUCAUGUAUAACAACUGUACUCCAAUGGCGCUAUAUCUGAGGCACACAGCGCCUGAAUCGUUC